AUGGGAUUAUGUUCAAAAGAUCUAAUAUAUUGUGUACUUAAUCAAUCUAAAAUUCCUGCAAUCAUAAAUUUGAUUGUUUUAACUAUUCUAAUAAGUAAAUAAUCUUCUCUUUAUUUAAGUUUAACAAUUAUUGAAGAUCAAAUUUAGAAUAUCUCAUUCUGAAAUCAUACUCUCAUUUAUUUAUAACAUAAUAUCCAUAACUUUAUUUGGAACUUCAUCCAUAUGGUAAGCUUAUUAUGUGAUGAGCAUAUUUCAAAGAGUCGAUUAUUAUUUUCUUGCUUCUUUCCCCAUUAUAAUUUACUAAUUAGUACUAGAAAUAAUUGAAUUUUAAGUAAUUGAACCAAAGACACUUGGCUUUUAAAUUUCGUCAGCUUCUAUUAUCAUUCUAUAUUAGUUUUAUAGUUUUUUCUAAUAAAAUGAUAUAACCUCAGUUGCAGAAUCAGUUAUCAUUAAGUAAUUGUUGGAAAAUAGUUAUAUAAAGGUCUUCACUAAAAAUUUAGAAGAUUUAACACCAAAUAUAUUAUUUAGAUAGGAUUAGCAAACUUCUGGUUAAACGAUUUUUACAACUAGAAAUAAAUCAGAAAAUUUGGAAUUAAUACCCAAUUCAGUGAACAAAGAACUAAAAAUUAAGAGUUUUCUUAAUAGUGAUUAACAUUAAGAGGAAUCAUUAGAUUCAGAAAUAGAUAGUCCAAAUAAAUAUCAAAGUUAUAAAGAUUUGAAGGAUCUUAUCACUAAUUUUAUUUUGAAUAAGUAAACUUAAAGUUAAGACAAAUUAAUUAUAGCUUCUGAAAUUGACAUAGAUUCUGGUAAGAAAUAAAAGUAUAAGGUUAUUAUAAAUACAUAAAUAUAAAAAUACUACAUUAUAGCCUUUAUUAAGAUUGAUUCUGCUAUUGUAAGAAAAUAACAUAAUUCUAUAGCAAAAUUUAAAACAAGAUUGGCUAAUAACUUUACUCAUAAAUUAAAAACAUCUCUUAAUGCAACAUUAGCAUAUUUAUCUAAUGCUAUUAAUGAUAGAAAGGUAGAUAAUAAUGUAUUAUAAUCUUAUAUUCAUCCAUCAUACAUACAUUCAAAAAUUUAAUUAUAUUAAGUAUAAGAUUUACUUGAUUAUCUUAAUAAAGAUUAAGAUUAAAUUGGAUUGUAAGUAACUAAAUUUAAUUUACAAUAAUCCUUAAGUUAAAUAUAUGAAUUUAUUGAAUACUAAUGUAAAGUUAAAAAUAUUACUAUUAAAUUUUUGAUAAAUGGUUGUGAUUGGAAAUUGCAAGAAAGGUAUCUAUUUAUUAUUAUUAUGAUAUUAGUUAAUUUUAUCUUUAUUCAGAUUGUCAAAAAUUUGAAAGAGUUUUAUUUAAUUUAAUUAAUAAUUCUUAUAGAUUUGCUCCUUUGAAUGGAGAAUUAACAAUUGAUUUAAUGUAUGAUUCUGGAAAUAAUAAAUUACAUGUUAAAAUAAAUGAUAGUGGAGAAGGAAUAUAAGAAGAUUAAGUUAAUUUAAUAAAUACCCAAGCAUAAUUACAAAAUAAAUAUAAUAUUACUAAUAAAUAUGUAUCUACUAAAAACAAAUCUAAAUUUGGAUUAACCUUAUAGAUUACUAAUAGAUUGAUAUAUAUGCUAAGUGAUUCAAAUUGUUCAUUAUAAGUUAAAAAUGAUAAACAAUAAGGAGGUUGUAGUUUUGAAUUCUUUAUUAUUAUUAAUUCUACAUCUAGAGAAGGAUCAUUAGAAUAGAUUAAAUACUCUAAUUAAAUUAAAGAGUCUAAAUAAUCAUCAAUCAAAUAAUUAAAUAAAAUAAAUCGUUCAUCAAAAUCUUCUUCUUAAAGAUCUAUUUUGACUAAGAAUUAAUUAUUAGAUCCUAUUGAAGAAGAACCUAAACCUUUAAAGCCUAAAUAAUCUAAAGCAUAUUAAAUUCAUGAAUAAAAAUAAUAGAAUAAUUAAAUAAAGAGACCUACAUUAUCUGGAAUAAGAGAUUUAUAACUAUCUCAUGUAAUAGAUACAAUAAAUUAAACUGGAACACCACAUAAUCAAGAUAAUCGUUAUAUAUUGAUAGUUGAUGAUGAACCAUUUAAUCAUAAUACAUUAACUUUAAUGCUUCAAAAAUUAGGUCACAAAUAAUUUUUAUAUUGUUUUAAUGGAUAAGAAAGUAUUGAUAAAGUUAAGUAAAAUCCUUUAUGUAUAAAAACUAUUUUUAUGGAUUUAGAUAUGCCAAUUAUGGGUGGAUUACAAGUAAAUUAUAUUGAUAUAUUAAACAGGCCACUUAAAUAUUGAUUAAAAUGAUGACUGAAGGAAAGAUAGAUUAUAUUCCAAUUAUUGGUUGCACUGCUCAUGAUGAUUUUGAGACAUAAAUAAAAUGUCUUAAAGUUGGUAUGGCACAUGUAGUAACUAAACCUGUUUUUAUUAAGAGUUUAUAAGAAGCUUAUAGAUAGAUUAGAGAUGAACAUUUAUUAUAAGAACAUCGUAGUGUUUAAAUUUCAAAUUCAUUAGAUAAAUAUUGA